AUGGCGAUCCUUGUGGUUGUGAUGCUUUUGGCCAUGGCGGAGAACACGAAAGCAGUGGUCUCCGUGGCCUUGGUCCCCCUGGGUUCGAAGCAGCUGCUGGCCGUGGCCGCUGGGGCGUGCCUGCUGUGCGUAGGAGAGGUGGAGGCGAAUGGCAUGCGCUGGAGCAAGCUGUGGGACUUCCUGGAGCCUUCCAGCACGGGUGGCGAGGAGGUUUGGUCUGUCCAGGGAGCACAAUGGGACGAAGAAGUGGCGGUCUUCGCGGUGGAGCUGGUGGGAACCCUCCACCUCCGCUGGGCAGACUCUUCUGGGCCGCGGUCGACCUCGCAGGAGGCACCUAGUACAUCCUCCGGCGCGUCGGUUGCUUUGGCGGUGGUGGGUCUACGCCAGGUUGCACUGGCAUAUGGAGCCCUCACGCCAUUUGGUGCCAGUGACGGCACUCUAUGGACUCUGCCCCGAAAGCAGUGCAGACUGCCAGAAGCGUCGCUGGGUCUCGUCGCCUACGACGUGAGUGGCUGCGCUGCAAAUGCUGACGCCGACGGCCUUGUCUUCGAAGACGAGUGCCUCGUCCGCUGUGCGGAUUCCCGGAAGCCCUUUGCAGCCAGGAGCUUCUGCCGUCUGCAGGGCGGCCUCUUCGAACUCCUGGGCUGCGCUGCGCUCUGUCAAGCUCCCCAAGUGCCCGGGGCCUUGACGCCGGGCUGCCGUGAGGGCCAGCGCAUUGUGAUGGGCGGUGUCUGCACAUCUGCUUGCCCAGAAGGCUUUGCUGCCACCGUGCCCGCGCUCCUCUGCGCCUUCCGUCCGGACCAGUCCCCGCUGCCCUUCCUGGAGCCACGAACGUUCAGUUGCUUCCCGCGGGGCUGCGCGGCCCCGGCGUGUACGGAGACCACGGCACAACCCACUUGCCAAGGUGGCUGGCACGUGCCUCACAGCAAGCUUUGCUUGCCCAACUGCUUGCCGGGCUAUGCGCCGAGCGUUCCGUACCUGAGCUGCUUCGCUGGGCGCCUGGAGCCACCCAGCUACGACUGUCGCCUUGAAGGAGUUGCGUGCUCUGCCCCGUUGGUGCUCGGGGCAUCGAACCCCUCCUGCGUGGAAGGUGACGUCAUCGUGCAUGGCGGUGUGUGCACGGCCCGCUGUGGCGAGGCGCUUUACAGGGCCACGGAGCCGACACUGCGCUGUGAGGAUGGCAUCCUGACACCCAGCACCUUCGACUGUGCGCCGCCAUGCUUUCUCAGCGAGGCUCCUGAGCAGGCCGCCUUGCCGCCGGAGCCCCAGGCAAGCGCAGUUGCCAGUGAGACAGCACAGGGGGCCCAGGCCUUCGAACCUGAGAAAACGCAGAAAAUGAGGCCAUGCGCCGAAGGGCUGUCGAUCCUGCAUGGGGCGACAUGCACCUUCCGCUGCAACUUUGGCGACCUGGCGGGCGGGUCGUUUUACAACAUCGGCUGCAAGCGGGAACGCCUUCGCUUGCGUGCAGGUGGCCCAGGACUGCGUGGCUCCCAGUACGGCCUUCCACCUCGGCACCGUGGGCCCGACUUCAGUGGCUGCGUGGUGGUUUGCAUUGGCUACAUUGCCGCUCCCGGCGAGCUGUGUGAUCAGAUGGUCGGAGCGGUGGCCCACAGCAAGGACUGCCGUGGCGUCUGCCCUCGAGCGGGUUACACGCCGAGCCCUACGGCCCUGUCUUGCUCCGACGGGGUACUUUCGCCUGAAAGCUUCACCUGCGGCCGCUCUUGCACCGCCGCUCCCCUGGCCGACGUGCAGUUUUCGAAUCCCUCAGGAGCUUGCGAGGAGGGUGAGGAGAUCGGACACAGCCUUCGUUGCACUACGUCUUGCUCUGCUGGCUACGUGCCGUCGGUGGGCAGCCUGGAGUGCUAUGAUGGGGCGCUCUCGCCGCCAAGCUUUGAGUGCAGGCGUUUCCUUCUCGGCUGUCCUUCGCCCAGCGCUGGAGACGGUGCCCUGACGCCCAGCUGUGCGGAGGGCAGCUUCAUCGCUGAGGGUUCGACUUGUACCGUGCGCUGUGAGGAGGCAUUCGUGCCAGAGCCCGCGCAGUUGCGCUGUGAGGGCCAGGCAUUGACGCCGGGGAGCUUCGAUUGCCUGCAGGGCUGCCAGCUUGCGGGGCUGACACCACGAGGUGGCAGCUGCCUCGAGGGAACCUCGGUGAGACAUGGCCAGGGCUGCACCGCGUACUGCGCAGUUGGCUAUGCGCCAUCGGUGCCCUUCCUCUCAUGCAGCCGAGGCAUGCUAACGCCCACCAGCUUCGACUGCCUUCGCAUUUGCACCGCCGUGAUCGGCACUGUGGCUCUGUACCCCUCGCUGUCUCCAGACUGGCCAGACAGAAUCAAGCACCCAAGACAACCACAACUGUCAGCCAAGACGCCUGCCACCGGCGAUGCGGCAUGCGCAGAUGGUGCUGUGGUCGAGUCUGGCGGCCAGUGCCAAGCCAUAUGUAGCUUCUCGGACCAGCCUAUGAUGAAAGAUGGAACUGAGGGCUGGCCUCUUCUGACCCAUAUGGAACUCAGGGAUGGCGCCUGA